CUAAUUCUGAGGUGGCGCAAUGCCACUUUUCAACCCGUCGUGCAAUGAGACGCGCCGUGCAUCUGGUAAGAAGCUUCGUGUUUGAAGAAAGCUGUGCGGACAUACGUUGUCUGCCGCCAGCGAUGUAGAUAGGAAGCCACAGGAAUUUUUGGAGCUGAUUUGGUUCUCGGGGGUUACAUCGCCGUCGGGCUGUACAUAGUGCGGAGUAGUGGUCUUUCCAUCCCUGGAGUGUUCGAUUGACUCGAGUUUGCCGCAAGGAGGCCAGGCAGUUUGACGUACUCCGAGCGAUCAGGCGGUCAAAUCUACACUCAUCCACUCUAUGACUCGUCUCAUGUGGUGGAGCGGAAGCUCACUGAGGUUGCUUCUAUCAAAGCCGAACCCUAUAAGCUCCACCCUAGCCAAGACAUGUUCACACAAAUACCAGAUUACGGUAGGACAUGCAGGUCACUUCGCAAUGGAUCGACAUACUUGGAUCAUCAAGUGGGUAGGAUCAACCUGAAGCCUAUAUCGUUAACUCCUCAGCACCAAGGACAGAGAGAUAAUAGCUAGUCUGUCUCGGAGAUUUCAUUCCAAACUGCUUCCGAGUAAGGGUUGGAAGGUCUUCCGAACAAGGCCGGUUUGCAUUGUGCACGAUAUCUCUCACCUUGGCCGUGGUGUAGUCAUGGGCAUAGCAUGAUAUCUAUCGCAAG